AUGAAUUCCACGGCAAGCACGGGCGGUCUUCCGGAUCCGAAUCUCAUCCCCUCGCCGCCCAGCGACGCCGCCAACAGUCUCGCCCACUCGUUCGCCGCCGUCGCCAUCACGCUCAAUGUCAUCUCGUUCAUGCUGUUCAGCGGCCGGCUGUACACGAGGGCGUUUCCCGUCUUCAUCAUGGGGUGGGACGACUACGUGAUCAGCGCCGCGUGGAUCUUCAUCGUAUCCAACUCCACCAUGCUGCUGCUCACCGUGCCCUACGUCUUCCGCGGCGACCCGUCGGCCUUCACGCUCGCAGACGUCAUGCACUCGGACAAGCUGGCCACCCUGUCGCAGCCGGUCUGGGCCUGGUCCAUGGCCACCAUAAAGAUCUCCGUCGCCGGCAUGCUGCUCCGGCUCGAGCGGCAGCGCGCCAUCCGUCGGGUCUUGUGGGCCCUCAUCUGGCUGCAGCUGGUCGUCUGCAUCUACGUCACGCUGUCGUCGACCCUGCAGUGCAUCCCGUUGCGCGCCGCCUGGGACCUGCUCGGCCUGGUCACCGACGCCAAGUGCUGGAGCAAGCAGGCCAUCCGCGUCAACUCCAUCUGCGUGGCGAGCUUCAACAUCGUGACCGACGUCAUCUUCGCCCUGGCGCCGAUGAUGUUCCUGCGGCGCGUGCAGAUCCCGUUGCGCGAGCGCGUCGUCAUCGGCGUGCUGAUGGCGCUCGGCAUCUUCGCCGCGGCCGCGUCCGUCGUCAAGGCCGUCAUCGCGGCAGAGUUCGGCAAGACUGACGACUCCAACCUCGAGGGCAUCUCCAUGGGCACAUGGUCGCUGGUCGAGGAGCAGAUCGCCUUCAUCGCCGCGUGCAUCCCGUGCCUGCGCCGGCCACUGCAGCAGGUGCUGCGCCGCUUCGGCCUGGCCACGACGGUGAACACCCACAGCGUGACGGCCAAGCCAACCGGCGCCGGGAGCGGAUAUGGCAUGAUGAAUGGGAACCACUCGACGAGCUACAACGGGGCCAUCAAGAUGAAGAGCAUGACGAGCAGCCAGGCCCAGAGCGAAGAGGACAUCUUGGCGCCCCAGCGCGGCAAUACCCCAGGGGACGUGAUAGGAGACACCGAGAUCUGGCGGACGACCGAGGUGCGCGUCCAUUCGGAAAGAGAAAUAGAGAAAUAA